UGGACUAAAUAAUCCUCCUUUGCACUUUAUAUGGAUAUGUUUUUGCUGAGGACUAUUAUAUCCACCAUUGCUUUCAUCAUCGCUACUAAUUUUGAACUUUGCUUCUGUGGAUGUGCCCGUGCUGAAUAUGAAAUAGAUGGAGAAUGUUGCCCCAUGUGUGCCCCUGGGAACCGUGUUUAUUGGCAUUGUACUAUAGACACCAGUACAACAUGUGUUCCUUGUCCCGAAUCAACUUACACAGAUGAACCCAAUGGACUCACAAAAUGUUUUUCCUGCACUGUGUGUGAUACAGUCCAACACUUAAAAGUGAAAAAGGCCUGUACACGCUCUGCAGAUACAAUUUGUGAGCCUCAGGAAGGAUUUCAUUGCAUUAAACUAAAUAAAGAAUCCUGUGAAUUAGCAGUGGAACACACUGAAUGUGAACCUGGACAAUAUAUCAAACAAACAGGAACAGCAUUUACUGAUACUGUAUGUGCAGGCUGCACAGAUGGAACUUAUUCAAAUGGCUCUCUGACGGCCUGCUUACCACAUACAAAAUGUGAGACUAGGGGACUUACAGAAAUAAAAGCAGGAACAUCAUCCUCUGAUGCUGAAUGUGAGAAAGUGACUUCGGUUGGUCUUAUAGUUGGAGUCACUACAGUUCUUGUAGCUGUUGUGGCUGUGGCUAUUUUAUCAGCAUUCAUCAGACACAGAAAACAUAAAGCAAGGUGUUCUAAGAAAUCAGGUGUCCAUCGCACCCUACAAGAACCAACUGAGGAUGAUGAAAGAAUAAACGUUGCCGACUCCGCUGAACCUACUUUGAUAAACCAGUGUUAACAGAAUCGCAACAUGUUUUCUUCUCCACUAAGAAACAGAAAAGUGUGUGCUGACAUGAGGGAUACUUAUAGUGUUAAAGUGUAUGUUGAUUUUAUGAAUACUGUUUUUAAAUUUAAAUAAUAAAACUUACAAUGAUGACCUCA